GCGCGUUACCUCGCGCUCGCGCGCGGCGCUCCAUCAGCUGAUUUUUGCGUCCGGUUCGGCGAGUCAUGCUUUUUCUUCCGGUCCGAUGCAGACCGCCGUUUCAGUAGCUGCGGGAUCGACGGUGAAGAUGGUAGAUGAAGCUGGUGACAGGGAUGAAUCCUCUAAUGUUGCCAUUAUCCGGGAAGUGUACGACAGUGAAAAUGCUCACGAGACAUUUGAAUACGAGCUAGAGCGGGCGCUAGAGUCGGAAUGCAGUUUAAUAGUUAUCGAACCGUCGAAAUUAGGUGAUGAAACCUCCAGAUGGAUAGCGGUGGGGAAUUGUCUUCAUAAAACUGCCGCCUUGUCGGGUCUUGCCGCGAUUGUCACAGGACUAGUCUGGGGCGAUCGGCCGUACAUCUGUGGUCCAUUAGGUUUUACAUCGGUUAUUACCUGUGGAUUAUAUACAGUCUCCUGGCAAUUUGAUCCCUGCUGCCAGUACCAAGUGGAGACUGACACCAGCAAAUUACCGCACGUUGAGCUAUUGGCUGUUCUAGGUCCGUCGUCCCCGACGUUUCUCGUAAGGAAAGAUGAUAAGAGGAGACGAAUUCUUCACACGACUAUUACACUGGCGGCCCUCGGUAUUACCGCCUGGAGAGUGUACCAGGCGUUCAAGUGAAAAAAAAAAAAAUGUUAUUACUGGCACCGGUUUUGAGACUUAAGCCAGAAUGAGAUAAUAAGGUAGGCCACAUGAUGUCUCGAGUUUCAUAGUAGUAGGCCUACGAGAAUUCCUUGGCUGAAAGGAAAACGCUGCGAAACUCUCGUGUUUAUUCUCCGUGCCGUGCGGUAUAUUAUGACACAAAGUAUUCUCUCAUUUUCACGACCGACUUGAUAACACACUUUUUGAUACUACCUCGCAGGUGAAUGCUGCUUAUGUGAUGAACUAAAUCACAUAAAUACACAAAGUAAAGAGCCGGGUUUUAUCUGCGCUUUUGCAUUGGCAUGUAAUUUGAGAGAAUUCGUUAUUCUUUGUGAUCUUCGUCUUGGCUAAAUUUUCAAAAGUAACUAGUUGCAAAGCUGGAAAGACCAUUAUAUAUAUAUACAUGCAGUCCCUAUAAUGAAGAAAAAAAAAGAAAUAUUGACAUAAGUGUUCUUAGAAUGAUUAAAUUUAUAAUAGUACAUAUGGAUUUAGCAUUAUGUAUUUUUAGACUGUAAAUAAAAUAGGUAGAGAGAGAAUACAAUACGUAUGAUACGUCAAAGGGUAUAUUGCCUAGAUUUUCUCACCCAACAAAACAAUCUAUGUUGAAUUAGUAUGAUAUCAGAAAGAUAUGUUGACCAUAAAAAAAACUCAAUGUAAUUUUAGAUUUUAUUAUUUUAUUAAUCAUGAUAAAUGUAGCGUAAGAUACUUUUUUUUCUUUUCAUCACAAAUCGUACGUACGAAACUCAUUCGCGUCAGUCCUGUCAAAAGUUGGCGUCGCAAACAUUCCUAUAAAUGUUUUUUAAACGAUAACAAAAAUUAAAAUUCUGUACAUUACAUUACGUGAACGCCCGUCACGCGUGAUAUAAAAUUAUUAUGGUCGAAUGGAAUGGUUCUCUGGUUUGUAUGUACAUCGAUACAGGGGCUCAAAAGGUGACACAGUGUACAUAAUUCUGAACAUUGCUGUAGAAAUUACAAAUCAAUCCUAGGACGAUAACAGAUAUACUUUAUAUAUUAUAUUUUAAAAUAUCAUCGUUAUAUAUCGUUAUGUAAUGAGUAUAGCACAAAAUUUAAGAAACGAGAACUGUGAGAUCAAUCAUCUGGAAAUCCAUGCAUUUGGAUUUCGAAAGAAUUCUAUUUUGUACACGAAGCGCAGGAAUUUGCUGAAUGUAUUUUUAUUAAAGACUUGUUUCUCCAAGCAUAUUACAUUAAUGAAUUAACAAAUACUAAAAAAGAAAGUCCACUGCACAGAACAGAAGCUAACUAUUGUUAGCGGAAGAUUAUAUUGUAGCAAAAAAAUACAGUCAAGUUUUAUUCGAAGUACGUUAAA